AUGAGUUCAGCCAAUGCCAGCACGCUGAACGGCGGGGCAGCUGCUGUGGUUCUCAUGACCACAGAUGCGGCCAGGUGGCUCGGUGUUACACCCCUGGCAAGAAUAGCAGCAUUUGCUGAUGCUGCUGUAGAACCUAUUGAUUUUCUGAUUGCGCCUGCAUAUGCGGUGCCUAAGGUUCUUAAAGAUGUGGGAUUGAAAGAAGAUACAAUGUGGGAAGUAAAUGAAGCCUUUAGUGUGGUCGUACUAGCAAACAUUAAAAUGCUGGAGGUUGAUCCCCAAAAAGUGAAUAUCAAUGGAGGAGCUGUUUCUCUGGGACAUCCAAUUGGGAUGUCUGGAGCCAGGAUUGUUAUUCUUGGGGCUCAUGCUCUGAAGCAAGGAGAAUAUGGUCUUGCCAGUAUUUGCAAUGGAGGAGGAGGUGCGUCAGCCGUGCUAAUCCAGAAGCUGUAGCUCUCUGCGCACGGCAGCAGCCUGGGCGGGCGGGAGAGCCUGCAGUGAGGAGUGUGAGUGACAGCCCUGUCGGCUGGUACUCAAAGUCAUGUUUCAUUUUUUAAAUACUCUCUAUUUUAACUCCUUUUUAAAAAUAAAAGAUCAAAUCCCAAACCUUUUGAAAUAAAUCUCUUCUGCUGCAAA